AUGACGACCACGUCCACUCCCCAUAACUUAGACGAUUUGAUUUCUUUCACAGAGGAAGAUUUGGCCGAGUUAUUAGAUUAUUUUUUUACUACUCCUCCUUCUUCUACUCCUCCUCCGACUUCCACCGUCACUGUCACCACUUACGGAGAUGAUCACGACUCCAUAACCUCCGAUGAAAGAAUCAUCGUCCAAGAACAGAACUCCAUCGACGAUGAUCUGAACUUGUUGACGACGACGACGACCAGUCCCAGUCCCAGUCCCACUCAACCCAACGACGCCGUUUCAACACAAGUACAUGGCGAUCUGCCCUUUAUUUCCACGACGCCGUCUUCUCCUGAUUUUCCGACUGAUUCCAACGUUCGAUCAGAGUUUCAGAACUCCAUCGACGAUGAUCUGAACUUGUUGACGACGACGACGACCAGUCCCAGUCCCAGUCCCAGUCCCACUCAACCCAACGACGCCGUUUCAACACAAGUGCAUGGCGAUCUGCCCUUUAUUUCCACGACGCCGUCUUCUCCUGAUUUUCCGACUGAUUCCAACGUUCGAUCAGAGUUUCAGUGUAAAAAAAGUGUGAUGAGACCAGUUUUUGAACAACCUAUUCGUGUAACAAGUUUCAAGGAUCUCAUUUCACCAAAAUUUCUUACGACAAAGAGAGUUUGCCCAUUAUCUGAAUUAGAAGAUGAUCAUAACUCUACACUGCAAAUCAAUACUAAUCUCAUCAGUUCUCAAGGGAACAAUGGAACACCUGCUAGUAGUAGUACUACCACUGACAAUAAUGAGCUUGUUCUCGUUGAAGUUAAAAGAUUCAAACCUAAAAGUAUUCAAGAAAUAUGUUGCACUUGCAAAGCCUCUAAAUGCUUGAAACUUUAUUGUUCUUGCUUCAAAGCUGGAAAGUAUUGCACGAAGAACAACUGUGGAUGUAGAAACUGUAAGAAUACCGCAGAUUACAAAAAUGAUGUGGACAUGGCACGUUCACUUCAUCCAAACCAUACCUUUCAACCAAAGACCUUUUCGGCAAACAAAGACAACAAAGGGUGA